CUUACUCUCUUACUAGCUACAUGAGCUGAUUUCUAAAGAGGACUAAGAAACAAAACAUAAAAACAUUAUGGAUAUGCUUUGCAAAUGUUACCUUUCUAGUUUUUGUUAAACCCGAAGUUCAAGACUGCUGUAAACAGAUUCUUGUUGAACUCCUCUUAGAGAUUUUCUACUUUUUGACCAUUAUGUAGAAUGUAUUUGAUAGGCUUAUGUGUAAUUAAGCGAGGGGAAUUGAUGUGGCAUUAUAUUCAACCGAAAAUCAUCUAUAUACGAUGUUAAUAUCAGGUUCACUUUGCACUGAUUAGAAAAAAUAACUAUGAUGUAACGUUAGAUGUAAAUUAUAUGUCGCGAGUAAAUAUGUCGAAAAGUAGAGCAAGCUAGGGUCAUUCAACUUUGGCCUAUUUUCCGGUGGCCGCCAGAAUCGAUUUGUCUGGCGAUAAAAUAACGUCUUGCAUAGCAAUGGAGUCCGUGGAGCUGACCACAGGCCUUGUGUGGGUCUGUACGUUCCUCCUGUCUCUCCUCUGUCUCCGGACAUGGGUGGGACGCCGCAGACGUCCCGACAAGUUUCCCCCCAGCCCACCCGGGCUGCCGUUCCUGGGGAACCUGCUGUCCCUGAGCCCGCGGGAGCCCCACCUGCAGCUGACGGCGUGGCGGCGCCGGUACGGAGACGUGUUCAGCCUGCGGAUGGGUCCGCAGAACGUGGUGGUUGUGAACGGGUGCGCCGCCGUCAGGGAGGCCCUGGUCAUGAAGGGGGCUCACUUCUCGGACAGACCCUCUCUGUUACUCACCGAUGUCUGCAACUGUAAGGAAGGCUUAAUAAUGGCAAAAUACGGCAAGAAAUGGAAGAGUUUUCGGCGCUUUGGUCUGUCAGCUCUUCGCCACUUCGGUGUUGGCAAGGAGAAAAUGGAACCAAUCAUCCGACGUGAAUGUAGGGUACUUGUUUCAUGUUUUAAGGACCAGGAGGGGAGACCUUUCCAAGUCAGUCGCUUCAUCCAGACCGCUGUCUGUAACGUCAUCGCCUCUAUUGUACUCGGGACACGGUUCGAACCUGACGCCCCGGAAUAUAAAGAGGAGAUUGAGCGAGUCGAUCGCACCUUCCAGCUAUUCCUGGACGCCCAGCCGCUGAACUUUUACCCAGCGUUGAGGCACGUCCCCGGCUUUCGCGGCAUGUUCAGGGAAUGGGUGGAGAUGGACCACAAAUCUGAUCAGUGGUACGGCAAGUUCAUUGCUGAACACAAGGAGACUUUCGACCCCACCAACAUACGCGAUCUCAUCGAUAUGUGCCUGCUGGAAAUCGAGCAGAAGAGUGUAAGCGAGACAUUUGUUACGGAGGUGACCAUACGUCACAUUGCGUCGGAGUUCUUCGACGCAGGCACGGAAACGACGACGACGACCCUCGGCUGGGCACUGCUGUACCUCGCGCUGAACCCAGCCUGGCAGCGGAAAGUCCAAGAAGAGCUGGAUGCCGUGGUCGGAAGCGACGAAAUCCCGGCGUACUCCAGACGCGAGGAGCUGCCCUACACAGAAGCGACCAUCCUGGAGAGCCAGCGCAUCCGCACCACGGUUCCCCUGUCCGUGCCCCACUGCACCUCGUCCCCGACCAGCCUGCAGGGGUACGACAUCCCCGCGCACACCCAGGUGUGGGUGAACCUGUGGUCCGUCCACAUGGACCCCGCCUACUGGCCCCACCCGGACACGUUCGACCCCGGCAGGUUCCUGGACGGCAGCGGGAGGGUCAAGGUCCCGGAGGCCUUCAUGCCGUUCUCCACAGGAAGAAGAAUUUGCCUCGGCGAGCAGCUGGCCAAGAUGGAACUUUUCCUGUUCCUCACGUCCCUGCUGCAGCAGUUCACCUUCAAACUACCAGAGGGCGCGCCUGAGCCAGAUCUGUCUGGGGUGAUGGGAGCCACUCUCCUGCCCGGGCCGUACAAGAUACUGGCCAUCUGUCGCAAGACGUAGAAGCACUGAGGUUUAAACCUCCUUGGUAGAAGCAUGCCACUGUCAAUUUUGUUAAA